AUGCCUCCAACCAAUAACAACACGACCAUCGACGCUGGGGAGCCAACCUCUGAAGAUCAGCUCACUCAUAUUCGUCGAUCCAGUCUCGCGUUGGAUCCUGCCUGGGAUGCUGAAACCAACAGUCUUCGUCACUUGGGCGAUCUUGAUGACGAUGAUUUGAUUCCAAUCGCCUACUUUCCACUCAAGGCCAACCUCAACGAGGCACCAAAAACCAAACAGGAGGGACUUCAUCCAUCCGCAUCCGCGGGCGACGUCAGCGCCUAUUCACAAGGCUCGUCGGACGACAUCUGGCAAAAUGUGCCUAUGGGAGCCCCCGAUGCCAUUUUGGGUAUUGCUCAAGCCUAUCGCCAGUGUGAAGAUCCCCGCAAGGUCAAUGUCUGUGUUGGUGCCUAUCGAGAUGACGCUGGCAAGUCUUAUGUCCUUCCUUCUGUGAGAGCUGCGGAAAAGAUGCUAUGGGAAAGCCAAGAGCCCAAGGAAUAUCUGCCAAUCGAAGGUGACAAGGACUUUGUUCGCUGUGCACUCAAGUUUGCCUACGGUCCGAACAUGGACAUUGACACACAUGUUGCAGCUGUCCAAACCUUGAGUGGAACGGGGGCCUGUGCCAUUGGAGGACGAUUCUUGGCACAGUUCUGGAAGAAUCAUCCCAUUUAUGUUCCAGAUCCAACUUGGUCCAACCAUAUCUCGAUCUUUAACCAAUGUGGUUUGGACUGCCGGAAGUACCGAUACUACAAUCGAUCCACCAAUGCUCUGGACCUGGAAGGCAUGUUGAAAGACUUGAAUCGGGCAAAAGAUGGUUCCAUUUUUCUAUUACAUGCGUGUGCUCACAAUCCAACAGGCUGCGAUCCAUCACUCGAACAAUGGAAAGAGGUUAUCGAUGUCGUCCGCCAAAAGCAUCAUGUAUGCUUCUUUGAUUCUGCCUAUCAAGGAUUUGCCUCUGGCAAUGCGGAAGUCGAUGCCCAGGCCUUUCGUUAUGCCGUAUCCCAGCAUGUUCCCAUUCUCUUGGCGCAAUCCUUUGCCAAGAACUUUGGUUUGUAUGGGGAGCGAGUCGGCACACUGAGCGUGGUGUGCGGAGAUGCCGAGCAGCGAGAUCACAUUCUCAGUGAAUUGCGAUUGAUCAUUCGGCCACUUUACUCGUCACCGCCCCGACACGGAAGUUCGAUUGUCAAGACCGUCUUGAUGGAUCCUGCCCUGAAGGAGCAAUACUACGAGGAAUGUGCCGGCAUGGCACUUCGGAUCCAAAAGAUGAGAGUCAAGCUGGUCCAGGCACUGCAAAAGGCAGGAAGUCAACAUGACUGGUCCCAUAUUACCGGUCAAAUUGGCAUGUUUGCCUUUACUGGAAUGAAUGAAGCAAUGUGUCAACAGCUGACGGAUGAGUUUUCCAUUUACCUAACCAUGAAUGGCCGAAUUAGUAUGGCUGGUUUGAACCAAAAGAAUCUGGAGUAUGUUGCGGCCAGCAUUCACGUGGUGACGGACGGAAAGAGUAUUUCCCUAUGA